AAUAAAUCAGAUUAUUAUAGCAAUGAACAAACCUAACUGUACUAUAAAUAAAUCUGGGAAAUUUCAUUCCCCGUAUACAUUGUGACGUCAUACUUUUUUCUCAUUGCGUCACAUUCUACAACGGUUGUAAACAGAUCAGCUGGGUAGACUGAGUGAAGUAAAAUUGUUUGAAAUGCAGCCCCGUCAGGCUUCCCAUUCAAAGGAUGUUCGGCAGACCGAAAAAAGGAAAUUGGCCGGGAAAGCUCGCCUACCGGGUAGGACUAAGAGGUCGAAACUUCAAAACGUACCGGACCAAACAGACCCGACGAAUAGCGGAGUCAGCAUCGAGGAAGUAGCUGCAUCUGUAUCUCAAAUGAUCCUCCCAGAAUUGACACAGACAAUCCAGACAUUAAUAUCCCAGAGGGAAGAUAAUGGCGUGGUUUCAAGAAACCAACAACCGAUUGAAAAAUCUCCACCAGCAAUCAACUUGGAAUCCCUGGCAGGCCCGAGUACGGACUCUGAGCAAAAAAUUGAAACAAUCAUCAACCCACAUCAGCCAGAUUCGUGUGAAGGUCAAGAAAGGAACAUUUGGAUAAUAGGUUCAUCUAUUAUCAAGUGGGCUUUCCAACGCGCUUGCCUUUCUGAAGAAAAAGCUCAUCUAGGACUUCAACGACAAAAUUAUCGCAUCCUUUGGCAGGGCAAGGGCGGUUUAACGUUGAAUAAGUUGUUCCCUCGAAUUCAGUUGCUGUUGAGGUACGAACCUUCUCCUGAUAUUUUAAUUAUUCAUUGUGGGGGAAAUGAUAUUGGUAAUGUUCCUCUUCUUGACUUACGUACAAAAAUGAAAGAAAUAUUUCAAAGAAUUCAGACCAGGCUUCCAAACACCAUUCUUGGUUGGUCUCAUAUUCUUCCUAGAUCUUCGUGGCGUUAUAGCAAUAAUGUAAAAUCUCAAAAUUUUGCUGCCAAAAGAAUUAACAGCUUUAUGAGCAAAUUGUUUGUACAAAAUGAUUGUUUUUACAUCAGCUAUCCAGAAAUCGCAUGGGAUUCUUAUGGCUUAUUCAGAAAAGACGGAGUUCAUUUAACUGAACUUGGAAAUGACAUACUACUCUACAAUUUACAAAGUACAUUGCAACAAAUCUGCUCUUUUAAUGGCAAACGUGGAACACGGCCAGUGUGCUAA